CAGCGCUGAUCCCACAGAGCAGAACAUCGUGAUGUGAUGGCUACAACCUGAGCCGCUGACUGACGUUAUUGCAGUUCAGUAAUAAACAAGAAAACUGUCUAAAAUCGACGACUAAAAGCAAAUAUACAAGGGUCUGAAUCAGAACUAAGCAUUCAAGAUAAAUAAUCCUGUUUCUGCGAGCUGAAAAUGGGUUCAAUGCGUAGUCUGCCCGUAUGAGCGGGUGAAGACGGGGAGGGUGAGAGGGAGACACGGGGGCUGCACAAAUAAUUGGAACUGCAGUUGAAACCAUUUUUGUCCUGGCGGAUAUUUGGGAUCAAACGUUGUGUGAUUAACUCGGGAAAGAGCCCGAAUGUAUCUUCAUUCAUUUGCUUGCCAUACCAUACGGACAUAAAACCUGAACCAAACCCAACCUUUCGUCCACGUUUGAGGAUUUUCUACCUCGACCAGCGAGGAGCGCCUUCAAGCGAGCAAACUGGCGUUUAGUCUAUAAGAAAUGGAGUCGGAAGAUGCGGAUUAUCAACUGAUAGACAUUCCUGACGCAAGCUUUUUUUGUACCAUUUCAUACAUCACUGGUUGGUUAAUGGAAUAACCAAAAGCUGAAUGAUUAUGAUAAUCAUAUAAUAGUGGCCGAAGACCAAAUAUCAUUGUUUUCUUGCUGGAUUGAAAUCACCCCGCAGUGGACUACCAAGAAAUUCCAUAGCACGUGAGAAGGAACACUGAGCUGUUACGAGCUAGCAUCGGCUAAUUUGUCACUGAACUGAAUUUGGCAACGUUGCUAACAAGUCAAGCCUUGGGAAUACAAGUCGCGGAGCAACGUUUUCUCUUCAAAUACAUAUUUGGUCCACGUAAUUGGCGUUUAUGUAGAAGCGUCCAUAUUUGGCACGGUUCAAAUUGGGUCAUUCUCGUUUUGAUUUCUCACGCUUGGAGGUAGCUAGGUAGCUAUUUUAUUACAGAGCAAUGAAGUAUUGUUCAGGAACUGAUAAUCUGACCGUAUUCUGUGGUCUGUUGCUGUGUUACUUCACAAUCUGCCUUCGACCCGUAAAUGGAGAAAUUUGUGGUCCCAGCAUUGACAUCGGUAAUGAUAUCAGUGAGUUCCGCCGGUUGGAGAACUGUACGAUUGUCGAAGGCUACCUCCAGAUCCUCCUCAUCGGAGACAAGAACAACAACAUCAACCAGGAAGUGUUCAGAUCACUCUCCUUCCCCAAACUCACCAUGAUCACAGACUAUUUGCUGCUCUUCAGGGUGUCUGGACUCGACUCCUUGUCCACCCUGUUUCCUAACCUCACUGUGAUCCGGGGGCGCAACCUCUUCUACAACUAUGCCCUGGUGAUCUUUGAGAUGACCUCCCUAAAGGACAUCGGCCUACACAGUCUCCGUAACAUCACAAGAGGCGCCAUCCGGAUCGAGAAGAACCCAGAGCUGUGUUACUUGGACUCUGUGGACUGGUCCCUCAUCAUGGACGCGGAGUUCUACAACUUCAUAGCGGGGAAUAAGCAGAGCAAGGAGUGUGGGGAUGUGUGUCCUGGCAUUAUGGAAGACAACCCGCAGUGCAUCAAGACCAACUUCAACGGCAACUUCAACUAUCGCUGCUGGACCUCCAGCCACUGCCAGAAAGUGUGCCCUAACCGGUGCCACGCCUGCACGUCUGACGGCCGGUGCUGCCACGGCCAGUGUCUGGGCAGCUGUGCCGAGCCGGACAACGACACAACCUGCGCCGCCUGCCUUCACUACUACCACGACGGGCGCUGCGUUCCCGACUGCCCGCCGGGCACCUACAGGUUCGAGGGCUGGCGCUGUGUCACCCUGGACUUCUGCGCCCGGGUCCACCUGCCCGACUACGACCGCUUCGUCAUCCACGGGGGCGAGUGCAUGCCAGACUGUCCCACCGGGUUCACCCGCAGCGAGAGCCAGAGUAUGUUCUGCAGUGAGUGUGACGGACUGUGUGAUAAGAUCUGUGAUGGGAAGGUCAUUGACUCGGUGGACGCAGCACAGUCUCUGAAGGGAUGCACGAUCAUCAAGAAUAACCUGCACAUCAACAUCCGCAGAGGACAGAACAUAGCAUCAGAGCUGGAGAGUUUCAUGGGGUUGAUCCAGACUGUGACAGGCUAUGUGAGGAUCAGACAUGCUCAGACGCUGGGCUCCCUGUCUUUCCUCAAGAGCCUCAGAUACAUCAACGGAGAGGAGCUGAUGGAAGGCAUGUAUGCCUUCCAUGCAGUAGACAACCAGCACCUCCAGUUUCUGUGGGACUGGUCCCAGCACAACCUGACUAUCCGAGCCGGGAAGCUCUUCUUCCGCUCCAACCCUAAACUCUGCAUGUCAGAGAUCCGGAAGAUGUGGGAGAAAACGGGCAUCAAAGAAGAGAUCGAUGAGGACGUUUUCAGGAACAACGGAGACCGAGCUAGCUGUGAGAGUAAGGUCUUGCGGUUCAAGUCCAACAGCACGAUGUCUAACCGUAUCAAGCUGACAUGGCAACGCUACAAACCCCCUGACUACCGAGACCUCAUCUCGUUCAUACUUUACUACAAGGAGGCUCCUUACCAGAACAUCACUGAGUUUGACGGCCAGGAUGGCUGUGGGUCCAACAGUUGGAACAUGGUGGAUGUGGACCUUCCCCAGGAUAAAGACUCAGACCCGGGAGUUCUGUUAUCCCCGCUGAAGCCCUGGACCCAGUAUGCCAUCUAUGUCAAGGCUAUAACCCUGCUGGUUGAGGAUAAACACAUUCUGGGAGCUAAGAGUGAAAUAGUCUACAUCAGAACCAGUCCUUCAGCUCCGUCCAUGCCCCUGGAUGUGAGAGCAUACUCCAAUUCCUCCACCAACCUAGUGGUGCGCUGGUCCCCUCCCAUCUCCCCCAAUGGGAAUGAGACCUACUACAUGGUCCGCUGGCAGCAGCAGCCUGAAGACAAGGAAUUGUACCAGCACAACUAUUGCUCUAAAGAGCUGAAAAUCCCCAUCCGCAUAGCUGCCACGGGCGUGACGGACAUGGAGGAGGAGCUGAAGCCCACCAGGCCAGACACGGAGGGAGGGGACAAGCCCGCCUGCUGUCCCUGUCCCAAAUCGGUUGGGGACCUGGAGGCAGAGGCCGCCGACGCCUCCUACAGAAAAGUAUUUGAGAACUUCCUCCACAACUCCAUCUUCACCCCCAGACCUCCAGACCGCCGGCGGAGGGAUCUGUUUGGCGUGGCGAACCGUACCUCGCUCCACCGUGGCGCAGCGUACCCCAACGCCUCGUCCCCUGACCCUUGGGCCAACGCGACGGAGGCGGAGUUGGCCGACAGGGAGUAUGAGUUUCUGCAGCAAGCAGUGAGCGAGCGGGAACUGCAGAUCGCCGGGCUGCAGCCGUUCACCGUUUACCGGAUCGACGUCCACGCCUGUAACAAGCAGGUGAACCGGUGCAGUGCAGCAGAGUUUGUGUUCUCCCGCACCAAACCAGCAGAGAAGGCUGAUGAUAUCCCAGGCCCCGUGAAAUGGACAGGAGAGGAUGACUCUGUGUUUCUCCGCUGGCCUCAACCCUCAUCCCCCAAUGGACUCAUCCUUAUGUACGAGAUCAAGUUCAGACUGGGCACAGAGUCGGAGAAGCAUGAGUGUGUGUCCCGCCAGCUGUACCGAGAGCAGCGCGGUGCCCGGUUGGGUAACCUUGGACCCGGUAACUACUCGGCCCGGGUGCGGGCAACCUCCCUGGCGGGUAACGGAUCCUGGACUGAGCCCAUGUCCUUCUACGUGGUGCAGGCCGAACGCUAUAAUGAGAACUAUCUCUACAUCAUGGUGUUGGUUCCUGUUCUGUCAGUCCUCAUCAUCUGUCUGCUGAUUACAUUCAUCAUCGUCAACAGAAAGAAGAACAGCGACCGGUUGGGUAAUGGGGUUCUGUAUGCGUCAGUCAACCCGGAGUACUUCAGCGCUGCAGAGAUGUACGUGCCGGACGAGUGGGAGGUGGCGAGGGAGAAGAUCACAAUGAGCCGCGAGCUGGGCCAGGGCUCUUUUGGCAUGGUGUACGAGGGCAUCGCUAAGGGCGUGGUCAAGGACGAGGCGGAGACCCGCGUGGCCAUCAAGACGGUCAACGAGUCAGCCAGCAUGAGGGAGAGGAUCGAGUUUCUGAAUGAAGCCUCCGUCAUGAAGGAAUUCAACUGUCAUCACGUGGUGCGUCUGCUGGGAGUGGUUUCUCAGGGCCAGCCCACCCUGGUCAUCAUGGAGUUGAUGACUAAAGGAGACCUGAAGAGUUACCUGAGAUCGCUGCGAGCUAAAGACGCAUCCCAGUCCAACAGAUUGAACCUUCCUCCACUGAAGAAGAUGAUUCAGAUGGCUGGGCAGAUAGCAGAUGGCAUGUCUUACCUCAACGCUAACAAGUUCGUCCACAGAGACCUGGCUGCCAGGAACUGCAUGGUGGCUGAGGACUACACUGUGAAGAUAGGAGAUUUCGGGAUGACCAGAGACAUCUACGAGACCGACUACUAUCGGAAGGGAGGAAAAGGCUUGCUUCCUGUCCGAUGGAUGUCGCCGGAGUCCCUCAAAGACGGAGUGUUUACCACCAACUCUGAUGUCUGGUCCUUUGGGGUGGUGCUGUGGGAGAUCGCCACGCUAGCAGAGCAGCCCUACCAGGGCCUGUCUAAUGAACAGGUUCUGCGCUUUGUCAUGGAAGGAGGACUUUUGGACAAACCUGACAACUGCCCUGACAUGCUGUUUGAGCUGAUGCGAAUGUGUUGGCAGUACAACCCCAAGAUGCGUCCUUCCUUCCUGGAGAUCAUUAACAGCAUCAAGGAAGAGCUGGAUCCUCCGUUCAGAGAAAUGAGUUUCUUCUACAGCGAGGAGAACAAGCCUGCAGACACCGAGGAGUUGGACAUGGAGGUUGAGAACAUGGAGAACGUUCCCCUGGACCCAGCAGCCUCUUCCAGACCACCCCUCCCCUGUCCCCCCUCAUCCCAGCCACACCCCUCCGCAGCCCCGCCCCACCAGCCCCCUUCACCCCCCUGCCAGCAGACUCCUCCCACCCCAGCCUCCACGGUGCCCCCCGGGCAUCACACACUGAGCUCCACACCCCCAUCACCCCCCUCCUCCAGCCUGGUCCAGCCCCCCUCCUCCCCCUGCCCUCCGACCCCUAGUGCCCCCAGCCCGGCCUGCUGCUCCCCGGGGCCCCCAGGACCCUCCUCCGCCCUGGACCAGAGCUCAGGGGUCUCAGGACAAGCGGCGUCCAAUGGCCCCGCGGCGUCCGGCCAGGUCCUGCUGCGACCGUCCUUUGAUGACACGCAGUCCUACGCCCUCAUGAAUGGUGGCAGGAAGAACCAACAUGCCAUGCCCCUCCCACAGUCCUCUGCCUGCUGAUCCUAGGACACGCCCCCUCGCCAGCCCAGAUCCCCAGAGCUCAUGGACUCCGUCUCUGGUGCUGGACUCCUACUUGUAUUUAGAUUUAAAUGGACCGACUGAGUCAUUCAAAUCACCCACCUGCUGAUGAUGUGGGCCCGUCUAGAACCAGAACCGGCCAGCUCUACUUCCUGGACUCCAGACUAUUAUAUGUAAAGGUUGUUACUUUUUAUAAAUAUUUCCAGAUAGGGAAAUGAAAACGUGCAGGCCUGUUGGGGUUAUAGUUGAUGUGGUUUUGUAUCGCGGGGCAUUAUGGUGGGGGAUUAUCGUUGUGAGGUACAUCUUUUAGGGUAUCUUGUGUCUGGAACGGUCAAGCACUUAGAGGGCGGUAAGGCUCUGUAUCAAACUGACAGAUGUACACCUCCCUGCGGGGAAGGGAACGUUGUUCUCUCCUCUGCUCCUCUCUGCUCCUCUCUGCUCCCGUGAUCCUCUCUGACGCGCUGGGAAAAGUGGUCGCCACUGAUGAUGUCACAGUGUCGCUGAGAAAGGAGAGGCUAAAAAUAAUUUAAAAUGUCCGAUCUGCCAAAUGUACCAUUUAUCUUCUGAGUUUACUUCUGGUUUUCUUCUGACCUCUGUUUUGUCCAUCAGCGAGAAGCAACAAAGUCCUGACACAUUUGUAUGGCACAUGUGUUCCGAGGGACCUGUUCGGCCCAUGAUCAGUCAAGGCUUAUUUCUCCAGUCACGUUCCUUCAGCUGAACCAGGGGAUGUUUUCCCUGCACCCUACUCUGUUUAGUGCCCUCCUGACCAGAGUGUUGGGCAUCACGGUUCACCCCAUGUUUCACCCAUGGUCUCUGGUCUGAAGUUGAAUAAAUAGGGAGUGGGGUGCUGUUUGAAACGUAGGCUCUGUCUCCUUUUUCUACUGGUCCUGUCGGGGUUAACCGACAGCCUGGUGUUACAGGCAACAAGGACGUAGUUGGAGAGAAAAGGGGGAGGCUCGAGACUUGCCGAUCAUCAGAACCAAACCCAAAACAAUUGUCCGGGCCUUGUCCCCUAAAGAAGAGCUGCCUCCCAAAUGCCAGCCCAGUCAUUAUAUAGUGCACUAUGCAAGGACAGGACAGCAUUUGGGACACCCGGGAGCGAGGGAGCUUGGUUCUGUACAGGUCUAUUAUUAGUCUCGUCUUCAAGGUCCGUCUUCUCUACGAUUUGGAACAUUUCUAUACUGGUCUUACAGUUGUAUGUUAGACCACAGUGCAUUUUCGUAAACAUCAAUCAUCAGUUUGUGUCUUUAUAAUAACUUUUUUACGGUUCGGAUGUUCAUCUAAAGAAGCUGCUAUUUUAAUCUUAAUUAUUUCUCUUGUGGUUGUAAUAUGAUAUUUAUAUAUAAAAAAAAUCCUUCAGGUUAAGAGUCCUUCCCUGGUUUCCACUACAGUCUAUAUGAUUAUUCUUGUUAUUGUAUUUCUGAAAAUAUGAAACCUUGCUGUUCCUCUCUUGCGCAAUGUUUUUCUUUUUGCCACAUGUUGUCCAAUGCCUUCUAUUUUUAUUUUUUCCAAUACAUUUUUUUGUUUGUUCCUAGAAUGAAACGUGCGUGGUUUUCUUCUGUUAGAGACAUAAUAAUGAUUGUAUUCCUUCUAAUGUUGUUCGUAUUGAUGGUCUACGCAGUUUUGACCCGGAGCUGUUACUAUGACAACUCACUGACCAGUUGGCUUCUAAACUAGCGGCGUCCCAAAUACCAACCCAAGCCCUAAAGUGAUGCUGUACUUUUUGACCAGGGCCCUGAGACAUGUCUCUCUUAUUCCCUGUGGAUUUCUUAUGGCGGAAGCAGCAGGCAGCGGGGCUCAGGUGAAAUGUAGUUCAUUACUUAGACAGAGAGAGUGAGAGACAGACACUGACCGGAGACAGACACUGACCGGAGACGGACACUGACCGGAGACGGACACUGACCGGAGUCGGACACUGACCGGAGACGGACACUGACCGGAGUAGAACACUGACCGGAGACGGACACUGACCGGUGACGGACUGGGAGAGGCAGACGGACAGGGAGAGAGAGAGACACAAUACGGAGAAAGGCAGACCGAAAUGGAGACAGACAGACAGACAGAGACAGCAACAGACUGACAGACAGGGAGAGGCACAGACAGACAUGGUGGAAGACGGGGACAGCGACAGACAGGCAGACAGAGCCACAGACAGGGACAUCGACAGACUGACCGACAGGGAGACGGACACUGACCAAAGACGGACCGACAGACUGAUUCUCAGGUCAAAGUAAAGUUUGUUACUUUUUCCAUACAUUUUCAUCAUCUCAUCCUUUUGAUCCCUGGGAAACCUUAACCCUAACCCUGGGAAUCCUUAACCCUAACCCUGGGUAACCUUUACCCUAACCCUGGGAAACCUUAACCCUAACCCUGGGUAACCUUUACCCUUACCCUGGGAAACCUUCUAAAACUCUUUACUUUCAGUGGGAGUUGUUCCUUUGAGCCUCAUGGUCACUCUAGUCACUGUUCUUCCCAGAGAUACUAUAGACACGCCUACUGUACAUAUAACAGAAAAUGAAAGUACAUGAAAAUACUGGUACAUUGUAAACAUCUCACUACAUUAACUUUAAUAACACCAGUUGGUUGUGAUGUAUUUUGAAGGAUUUUUUCAGAGUAACUGUUUCCCUCACUAGAAAUGCUUUUCCUUUCAUGGCUAUUUAUUUUAGUUAUUUCUUCCUGGUGUGAUAUUUGUAAAUCACUGUACAAAAUGCCCUAUGAUUAGUGUAAUUGUUACAUGGAGAUAUUUUUCUAUUCUUUUAUUUUCAUUCAUAAUUGGGGGACAUUGUUGGGUUUUUCUUCAAGCAUUUAUCUACCUCACUCUUUAUAAUCUAUGUAUGUGUUUCUGACUACAUCUCUUCUGUCCCUCACGGAUCUGGAAAGACAAUAUUACUGUUCUGUCUGAUGGGCUACUCACCACAUGUUUUCUGUAGUGAUAGUUCGAGUUAGUGGUAUAGUACUAGUUAGUGGACAAGGGAGGUGCAAAGCCCAAGGCAUUACAACUGACCAGAUAUCCAGAAGAUUUGGCCUCAGACCAGAGCUAUGCAAUGUCAUUCAUGCUGAAUUUGAAUGGUACAUCUUUUGAUGUUUAAAUUGUAAAGAAAAAAUUUAGUAGAGAUUUGGUUCAAGUUAUUCUUAUUAGUUUAUGUCCGCCUGUGUCCUCUCCUUCGCACAUAUUGAUCCCCAUUCCCCUCAGCCAACCAUACUGAUCCCCAUUCCCCACAGCCGCACACACUGAUCCCCAUUCCCCUCAGCCAACCAUACUGAUCCCCAUUCCCCACAGCCGCACACACUGAUCCCCAUUCCCCUCAGCCAACCAUACUGAUCCCCAUUCCCCACAGCCGCACACACUGAUCCCCAUUCCCCUCAGCCAACCAUACUGAUCCCCAUUCCCCACAGCCGCACACACUGAUCCCCAUUCCCCUCAGCCAACCAUACUGAUCCCCAUUCCCCUCAGCCGCACAUACUGAUCCCCAUUCCCCUCAGCCAACCAUACUGAUCCCCAUUCCCCUCAGCCAACCAUACUGAUCCCCAUUCCCCUCAGCCAACCAUACUGAUCCCCAUUCCCCUCAGCCGCACACACACUGAUCCCCAUUCCCCUCAGCCGCACACACACUGAUCCCCAUUCCCCUCAGCCAACCAUACUGAUCCCCAUUGCCCUCAGCCGCGCACACUGAUCCCCAUUGCCCUCAGCCGCGCACACUGAUCCCCAUUGCCCUCAGCCGCGCACACUGAUCCCCAUUGCCCUCAGCCGCGCACACUGAUCCCCAUUGCCCUCAGCCGCGCACACUGAUCCCCAUUGCCCUCAGCCGCGCACACUGAUCCCCAUUGCCCUCAGCCGCGCACACUGAUCCCCAUUGCCCUCAGCCACGCACACUGAUCCCCAUUGCCCUCAGCCGCGCACACUGAUCCCCAUUGCCCUCAGCCGCGCACACUGAUCCCCAUUGCCCUCAGCCAACCAUACUGAUCCCCAUUGCCCUCAGCCAACCAUACUGAUCCCCAUUGCCCUCAGCCAACCAUACUGAUCCCCAUUGCCCUCAGCCACACACACUGAUCCCCAUUGCCCUCAGCCAACCAUACUGAUCCCCAUUGCCCUCUGCCGCACACGCUGUUCCCCAUUCCCCUCAGCCAACCAUACUGAUCCCCAUUGCCCUCAGCCGCACACACUGAUCCCCAUUGCCCUCAGCCGCACACACUGAUCCCCAUUGCCCUCAGCCGCACACACUGAUCCCCUUUCCCCUCAGCCAUCCAUGGUUCCUCGGUCAGAUCGUACUGCUGGCUGCCCCGGGGGGGGGGGGGUUGUUGGUUAAACUGUGUGGAUAUUGUUGGUACUGUUGUCAAUAUAUAGAUGGAUUCAGAAGAA